AUGAACCCGCCGCUCUACCACACAAUGUUCAAGUGUAUGAACCUCCCGGUCAAACGGAUCAGCCUGGCCCGCGAAUCCGCCGUAACCAUCAAGAAUUACGCACGCAAGUGCGAUAUCCCCUUCGUCAUGUUCAAGACGGAGCAGCGGCCCGGCCUUGUAUACGCAGAGAGCCGGGACGAGGAAGCGCUGCAGAAAUGGGCCUCGCUAGUUGGGAACAUGGAAAAGAUGAUCUUCAAGUGCGUUCUGCCGCCAACACGGGCGCCGGUCCGAGAUGACCGGCCGACCAAGGUGUACGGAGAGCGGUUCAAGGAAUUCACGAGCAUGACCGGGUUCGGUGAGGAGCUCGUGCGGAGGGGUCUGGCCGACUGGUGGCGGAGUAACGAGGCGUUCAAAGGAAAGGGCAGUAUUGGCUGA